AUGGCCACGCAACAGCAGCACGUCCACGCGGCCGUAUGGACCUGCGACUCACUCACCACCACGCCCACGCCCACGGCAAUGGCCCACGCCGCUGCAUACGACACCUCGCUCAGCCUCUUCGAAUCCAUCGUCACCGCUUACCCCCCCAUCCUCGAAUCGCUCCUCGCCCAAAUCUCCACCGCCACCCUCCUCCAACUCUACCACACCUCGCGUCAUCUGCGCGACUUCCUCCGCCAGUACCCGCUCGCAUGGAAGACGCUGUCCUUUCGCCUGCCCCAGCCCGCCGUCACUGUCGGCUCCCCAGGCAAUGAGACGCCCGACAACCGGGAGCGCCAGUCCAAGGCCUACUCUUUUGACGCCCUCCUUAAACACAUCAUAUCCCCCAACGGCACACGGCUGACCAGCCUAGACCUCUGCAAUACAGCAGUCACAGGCAUAGCCCUAGUCGGGAGCGUCCUCGGCCCGCGCAUUCACACGCUCCAGCACCUGUCUGUCCGCGGCUGCAAGAACGUCUCCAUCAAAUACCACAUUGUCCCAUUCUUGGAACCCUACACCCUCAAGGAUGCCCCGUGGAUCCAAAAGGACCUCGCCCUCAAAAGCCUCUACACCUACCGCUGCCGACACCACCGUCGACGCCCUUACCUUCCCUCCUCUCUCAUCCGAAGAGACUCCGACUCCGACCCCACUCACCAACUUAUCGAGAUAUGCCAUCAGCUGGGAAUAUGGACCGACACUGCAUGGUGUCCGAGCCCUGGUGGCAGAUGCUUUCGGCGAAAAGACUACCAUGCAGGAAGAGCAGGUCCAUUGAACAUGGAGGUCUGGGUACCCUUUGACAGGCUCUGGCGAUCAAGUAACCGCAUAGGGCCAGUGGAUGGCACCAAGACGCUGGGUGACCAUGACGGCAGGUUAUGGGAAAUUGCUGAGACGGGCCAAGAUGGCGAGCCACUUGGGCCUGACAAUAGCGACUUUGCGGGAGAAGGCAAACACGUCCCAGUGCACGAACGAAGGAGUCACACAGCCUUUGUCAAGGACGUCAAAUGUUCACAAUGCGAUGACAUCAUUCUAGAGCGGUGCGAGUCGUGCAGUGUUCGUAUGCACUGCAUGGGCUGCCGGAAGACGCUGUGUGCGAGCUGCGCCUUCAACAGACCAAUACCGAGAAAACGCGCAAAGACACGGCAUUUUGCAAACCUGGCUUUCGGAAAUACCGGCACGCUGGGUUCACUUGGGCAAGCAUCUGGGUCGAUGCCGUCUGCAGAGGAGCGCAGUCAAGAAGAGAGGGCUGACCGGAAUCGCUUUUGGUGGGCGCCCGGAGCGACGCGAUCACCAAACCUCAUGAACGAGAGCGCGCAUGACGACGACUCUUCCGACUCUGAAGACGGCGGAAACAUGAACAAUGGAAUGCCUGUACUGCCUGCUAACCGCGAACCUCCUAAGCUCAACAUGCAUUGGUGCUGUCUGGAGCCUAUAUUUUCCGGUGGUGGUGGAAUUGCCGUUCUGGGUACUGGGUUAGGAGGCAGAGGAGCAGACAAGAUACGUGCAGCGCCCCUGCCACGCAAGAAAGAGUUCGAAGAUCCUGAUUUCAGCAACUCGCUCCGACCUGUCGACUACAUUCGAGAGUUGAAGAACAAUGGCCUAUAUGAGUAUGUGCUUGGCGAGGAUGUUGACAUACUCUCAUACCUGAAGCAGGAUUCGCUAGAUCUGCAACAGCAAACAUGUCCCAGAGGCUUGUGCAAUGACUGCUAUAGGAGUUUUAGAUGGAAGGUCUCGUGCCGGGCCUGCAAGAGCCCCAUUUGCAAAGAACACGACUUCCGGGCAUUGAAGGUCCGCAAAUGUGGCUACCGGGAACUGCACACGGAGCGGGAGCAUGUUCGAGCACACAACGAGCCACCACAACGCCUUGUCAUCCCCGAAUUUAACCCAAACCGAGCGAGCACGCCUGACCCCGAGCGCACGCCUACUGCGUCUUCAUCGAAUAUCGACUUGUAUUCCAACGGGGACAAUGAGUCUGAAUCCUCCGAGACGCCAAUGUCACAGUCACAGACCCUCGUUGCUCCUCCACAACAUUCUUCAAUUGACAUGUCGACUACAACCUCGUUCAGCUCGAUGCCAACCCCCGAUCCAUUCCCCCUUGCUUCUUCGUUGUCUUUUGUUCCUGUCAGCUCAGCGCGUCCACGAUCCCUCAGUGUUUCUGGUGUCAGAGGUCGAUCUACGAGCCCUUGGUUGCAAAACCCACAACGUGUACCUGUCAACCAUCCAGUCACAAACCCACUUCCAUUGCCAUGCAAUCCACGUCAUCCUGUUCAAUGGGAAGGUUGCGGAGCCUACUUUUGCCAAUACCCGAGACCGGUGGGAGACAGCAGACCGCAAUGUCCUGCCAUGCUCAAAGAGUGCUCAGAGUGCGCAGUCCUUCAAUGUUCUGCAUCAACGCAGUCGUGCACAUGCACAUUCUGCACUGUCAAUUACCAUUGCCCGACAUGCGCACGUAAAACCAGUGUUCGCGCAAAGUGCCGGCUGGAAGCCGAGAUUCUAGCCAAGAAAGAAGCAGAACAACGGGCGAUGGCGAAACAGAAAAAAGACAAGGAGGAGCGCGGACAUGCCGAUGAAUUAGCCGGAGCCAUGCACGAGUUUUUCUCGGGCGUGUACCACGCUGAUCCCAUCCCGAGCCCUGACUCUAUAACCGUAACGACAGUGUUUGGCGUGACGGAAGAACCAGCACAUUUUACAAGCAUCACCGCAUCUGGACCCUCGCCCUUUUACACCGCAUACGACCAUUCCGACGACGAGGAAAACAACGUCGAGAUGACGGAGCAUCUGCACGAGAACAUUGAAGCUCUUCAAUAUGAGCUGUCACAGCUUCAUCUACCCCCGAACACGUAUGCAAACGGCAUGAACACUCACGUCAUGCACAUGCCCGUGGAACUUGAACCCCAGCACGUGCACGCAGCAGAGGGGCUAGAAGAAGUCGAGAACCUCAACGAUGCUGGUGAAGAAGCAGACAUUGACACGGACGACUUAGACGCAGGCACCGAAAGCACUUUUGUUGACGAAUUCGACGAUGACGAAGAUACUAUGGGCGGCGGCGUUCUUACACCCACCCCUACCAUUGCUGCUUGA